AUGGUUGAGAUGGAAAGCCUGAUGCGCACUGGCCCGGGCAGGAAUGUUUCUUGGGUGGCACGUGCUGCUGGAAAUGAUGAAAAUGACGGUGCCCCACCACCGCCAGAGGACGGUGGCGAGGGGUUCUCCGUGCCAGAGGAUUUCAAAUUCGAUUGGGAGAAGAAAGAGCAGGAGGACGAGUUUGCAAAGCUGGAGAGGCAGAGGGAGGCCAGGCGCCAGGCCCAAGCGAAGAUGCUCCAGGAUUUAGAGAAGGCAGAGAAGGAGGCCCUAGAGGAGGCCCGGCGGAAGGCCAUGGAAGAGGCAGAGUCUGCCGACAUUGAAAAGAUCAACCUUAAUCCAGAGCAAAUACGAGCCGAGGCGCAGAAGCGGCUCAGGGACAGCAUUGCGCAGACGCGGCAAAGCGUUCGAGAGCGGGUUGUGAGCCUCAGCCGGUGGUCGGAGAAUCUCAUACCGAACCUGAGAGUACUUGAAGAGAAGACGAGGGAGAGCUUUGAGCGGAGGGCCACCGAGGCAAUCAUAGUGGGGUUCCAGGAAGGGCGCCGGGCAGCUCAGGGGGCCGCUGAGGCAACACAGGAUACGGCAGAGCACUUUGGUUUGGAUAGGGAGAAGGUACAGGACUUGAAGGGGAUUGUGGAGGCCCUGGUGAAGGAGCUUCCGCAGAGGGCGAGCGACGCGUUUGACACCAUGGGGGACGAAGAGCAGCUGAACAGGGCCCUGAUUGACCUGCGGGAAAAGGCCAAGCAAGCAGCGCACCCGGUGAUAGAGGAGGCCCGCGAGACAGCAGCGGCUGUCCAAAAGGGGACGGUAGAGACAGUGACGGAUGUAAAGGACGAGGUGCACGAUUACGUGGAGGACCUGCGGCUGUGGCUGAAAGGGGGCCUCUGGCAGUACCCGCGUUACUGGAACUUUAGAGUGGCGGCCGGGGCCCUGCUUCUGCUGGGGCUGGCCAUUACGGGAUCAGUCUUUGCGUAUAGAAAGGUGCGCGCGCCCCGGCCCCCCGACCCCACACAGUUGCAGCAGGCGCAGGGCUUUUUCAUGGAGAGCAUUUUGCCAGAGCCGACCAACCUGAACUUCAAGGAACUCAAGCGGGAGGAGUGGAAGCGGGUGUACCCACAGGGCUAUGAGGCCCAGCGGUACCAGGUGUUGCCAGACGGCAGUUUGGAGCAGGUCAUGACUGGCUACAUGGAAGGGGACGAGGCGGACCGGUUUCUGGAGGAGCAGCGGCGCGGUGCACAGGAGCUGCAGGAGAGCUUGUCAGAGCAGGAGAGGGCGCUGACGUCAGCAGAGGACAUUGGUAUUCGGGACAUCACAGACGAGUACGUGGACGAAGUACUGAAUAAUGUGGCGCUGGGGCCUGUCGAAAAGCGGGAGUUUGUCGAUGGCGCAGUCCCGCUGUCCGAGGCCCUCGUGGAGCGAACCAAGGAGCUGCAGAGGUUGCUGGUUGAAGAGGCAACCGACAAAGUGCCCGGGUUUCGGGAAGACUCGGAAGAGUUGCGGGUGAUUCUUAAGGAGGGCAAGGCCGUGACGCUUCAGGGGCGGACGAAUGUACAGCUGUACCGGGCGGGGAAGACGGUCAUAUUGCGGCAUCCAGACCUGGAAGAGACCGUCAUUUGGAACUCCCCCGAGGAGGCGGCCGUGCGGCUGGCCCGGCGCAAGGGCUGGGAGUUGGUGCUCAAUAUGGAGGCCCUGUCGGCAGCUGCCAAGGACCAGAUUGAAUGGGCGCAGAGCAAUGCGAAUGCGCUGCUGGCGAGAAUGGAGGACUUGCAGGGGCAGGAGGAUCCGCAGGGGGUGUUUGGACAGCUGGCGAAGCGACGAGACGAGCAGAUGGAGGAGGUCAGGCGAGAAACCGCGGACAGGGUGCGAGAGUUGGAGGCGAGACGGAGGGAAGCCUCGGAGGCUGAGAGCAGUGGCCAAUCGGAAGCAGACGUCCAAGCGGAGAUCGCGGCGUUUCGCGCUUCAGAGACGGUUCGAUUAGAGGAGGCGCGCGGGGAGCACGCGGAGCUGGUGCGGUUAGCGCGGGAGGCACUGGAAGAAACGGUUGAGCAGAGAACUAGAGAAGCGGAAGCGUCGCAUGCGGCGGCAGUAAUUCUGAGGGAGAAAGCGGUGGCAGAUAUCGAGGCGAUGGGGCACCAGCUGCGGGUGCUGGGGCGCAAAACACAGCAGAUGGUGGAGAGGCUGCGGGAGGGGCGGGCCAACGAGGGCGGCUGGCAGGAGAAGAUGCGCAGGUGGGGCGUGCUGUUUGCGCGGGACCGUGUGACGGACGUGCUGUCCAACAUGGCGCACCAGCACGUGAUCAUCGUGCGGCAGGAGGAGAUGGAGCGGCAAGCGCAGCAGAAUUUGGCAGCGCACCAAGAGGAACGGGAACGCAGGAUCGAGGACGUGGACGAGUACGCUACAGAAAUCCGUGCCAACUGGUACAAGUACCGGCCGCGCAUGUCGUACGUGGGGUUCCGGACGCGGGUCGCGGAGGGUGAGGUGGACAAAGUGGUGAUCAUGGACAAUAUGUCGAAAGCGUACAUCAAGAUGAAGGAGGGCUUCCCCGACGAGUACGUCGUGGACCUGCCGAUGGACCCGUAUCUGCCCCAGUUCUUGGACGCCUACUCGGACCUGGCGGUGCAUUACUCCAGCUUCGACCUGCUGAGCAACACGCUGAAGAAGGCCCUGUUCAUCGGGCGCUGCAUGCUGGCCAUCCUCGUCUUUUACGGCUGCGUCAAAACGGCGCCCCUAGUGCUGGGAUCCGCUCCGGGCCAGGCGCGCCUCAAUUUCCGCCAAAUCGGCCAACGGAACCGGACCUGGGUCAUGGGUCGGAUGGCCAGCAAAGUGAAAGACUCGCGGUUGUGGAACUAUUUGCCGACGGCGCGGUGGGCGUCCAUGUACCCGUGGGUGAAACGGUUCCAGCGCGGGGACGACUUAUAUGAGGGCUACAAUUACCAUCCCAAGAAGGAGGCCGACAAAGACUACCUCGGCCAGGACGUCACACUGCAGCAGGUUGCAGGUAUGGAGGGCGCGCUUCUGGUGCUGAACGAGCUCAUCGAGAUGUACGAGAACUACGCGCACUUUGUGCAAAAGGGCAUCAAGCUCCCCAAGGGCCUCCUAAUCAGCGGUCCCCCCGGCACCGGCAAAACUCUGCUGAUGCGCGCGCUCUCCAACGAGUGCUCCCUCCCCUUCUUCUUCUGUUCCGGCGCCGAGUUCUUCAGCGAAGAGGGCCCACGUCGUGUCUACGACUUCUUCCAUGGGGCCCGCGUUGUGGGCCCGAGCGUUAUCUUCAUCGACGAGAUCGAUGCGCUGGCCGGCGGCAAGAACGUCCCGGGGGGAGUGCCCAGGAUGGCGGAACCUGCGCUGAUGCAGCUUUAUGCUGAGCUGAACCCGCUCGAGAAGUUCAACCCGUACAAUACGGCGUUGGAAGACUCGCGGCACAACCAGGUACUGGUAAUCAUGGCAACCAACCGGCCAGAGUCGCUGGACCCCAAACUGCGCCGACCGGGCUACACCGACCGGGAGCUCGUUAUCGGACUGCCCGGGCCGGACACCCGAUUGGACAUCUUCAACAUUCACCGGGGGACCACCAAGUUUUCGCCCGACGUCGACCCGUCUGCUUUCUCCUGGCGGCUCUCUGGCAUGGCUGGCGGGGAUAUCCGUGCCCUCAUCCGAGACGCGCAGUCAGUAGCGAUUGAGAAGGGGCGGCUUGUGGUGAUGCAAGAGGACUUCUUGGAUCUGCUGGGGGUCAGCCCCGGCUCGCCCAUCGACCCGACGUACACCACGAACACGUGGGAAGAGUUCUGGAACGAUGAGACGAGUCCCCGGGACAUCAACUGGAACUACGUGGUGCGGAAGACGGUCAUUCUGAUGCUCUGGUACCUCUUCCCCAGCCGGCCUUGGGAGGCCAUGGAGAUCAACUAUAAUCGCAUCAGUGGCGAAGUGAAGUGGGACUACGAUGCAGUGGAAGAGUUGGUAAUCGAGGGGCCGACCGUGGGGCACAGGUUGAUGGACCUCGUCAGCAUAAGCGGGCCGAAGCUGGUCGAGAAGAUCCUGUUCGGAGAAACGUCCUCGUGGUGUUUAGGGUACACCCGCGAGAUCUGUGAGCAAGCGCGCGUGCUGGUGUAUCACGGGUGGAGCCCCCGCACGAAGCUGCUGCCGUUCGGUGUGACUCCCGUGGACCCCAAGAUGGACCAGGAGUUCCCGGUGGACAUCGCCGACUACUUCCCCGACCGCGGGAGCACGCACCGCGACAAGCAUUGGACGAUGCGCUGGAUUGAGCCGUACCGCAUCCGGCCCGCGCGACAUGGGGUGGAGAUCUCCGGGCUUUUCCAGCAGGAGAUUGACAGGUGCAUCUUUGAGGCGGAGCAGAUGGCGGAGGAGGGCAUUCUCAGAAACAUGCGCUCGCUGUACGACAUCACCGAGAAGCUGCUCAAGGACAAGUACAUGACCGCUGCGGACAUCAUCGAGAUCCUGGAUCACAACCAGGCCCAGAUGUUCCCCGACAUUGGCGGCUCCCCAGAUUACAAAGACCUGGCGGAUCCGACCCUUCUGAAUCCUCUCAUGGACCCCGAAAAGGCCGGUCUGUACCCGCCGUUGUGCAUCUUCCCUGCCCCCCUCCACCGGUGCCCCCAGGACAUCGACGAUCUGCCCGAAACCCCCGAGCACCUACGGCCCAACUCCGCGGAAGAGAAGGCGCGCGAAGUGCUCGGGGAGCCCACUUACGCCGCUCCCCGACGAGCGUGGUAGCAUUUUUGACAGACAUGGAACACGAGUCGGAAGAGGUUACAUUCAUAGUAUCUCGCUUAUUCAGGCAUGCCGCCAGUUCGGCGAGUAUGAAGGUGUACUCAGCCCCUAGCUUGCAUGAGUUAAUGGUCCUCGGGGACCUGAUGAUCGAAGAUAAUUGUUGCACGUGGUCGCCUACGGUUUCAGAUUGUGCUAAGGACGCCAUGAAGUUGCUACUGGAAGAGCCGCCGAGCGGCCCAGGUUGCUUCGUUAACCGAGGCCUCUUUUAUCUGGCAGAAGGAAAACUGCAUUAUCAAGCUAGGUGUUUCAAGCAAUGUGCAUGCUUGUCGUACCGUGUCAUAAAGUAACAGUAUAGCUCGGCCCAUGUGGCAACUUGUUACUUGCGCAUCUCACGCACGUGC